GAAAUGAUGAAGAAAAUCACACUGAAAAGAUCUGAAGGAAAGAUAUGUCAGAUUCUUGAGCUUCAUGAGCUUCAACCACCACGCCUCAGCUCCAAUGGACCCUACAAACCCCAUGCAAAAGAGGAGCUUGUAGACAGCAGCCAGGACAGUCCUUCAGUAGCUCCGGUUCUUCCAAAAUUUCAAGUGAAGGAUUUGGAGAGCUUAGAUGGGAAGUAUGACACGGUGGUGUGUUUGGAUGUAUUAAUACACUAUCCACAAAACAAAGCAGAUGGAAUGAUUGCUCAUCUUGCUUCAUUAGCAGAGAAUCGGUUAAUUCUAAGCUUUGCACCAAAAACGUACUAGGGUUGAAAAGGAUUGGAGAAUUGUUCCCUGGACCUUCUAAGGCAACUAGGGUUUAUCUUCAUUCAGAGGCUAUGUUGAAGCAGCAUUGAAGAAGGUAGGAUGGAAAAUAAGGAAGAAAGGCUUAAUCACUACACAAUUUUAUUUUGCAAGGCUAGUUGAGGCUGUUCCUGUUUCUACUGCUGGUUAGUUAUUGAAGGCUGUGGCACAAACUCACUAAUUUGCGGUUUCAUGAAAUCAUGUUUGUAGAAUCGUGCUAGAUAUAGGUAUGUUAUAUAGUUAAAUUUUUGCUGUAAGAAUGACCAGAAUUCUCACUUUCCACUAUCCUUUGUUUUGAAUAGUCGGUUGUGUUUGUAUUGUUUGAUGUCGUUUCGCAGAUCUCGACGACUUUAAUUUUAAGGUAAAUUUGUUGUAA